GCAACAUAACCAACAAAAAUUAAUUUGUUGAAACCAGUCAAAUAGAGUUUUCCAAUGGAUUUAAAAGAAGAUUUGAUACUAAAAGAUUCCUUUUUCAAGGAUAAUUUUAGUGUCGAUCAGUGUUUGUCAAAAUAUACACAAAAAUCUGACUUGGAGGCUCUGCGAAAAGAACUAAAAAAUUAUGGGACUGAGCUGCAGCAGCAGAUGUCCGAAAUCCUUAAGACUGAAACAGAAGCUAUAGUCAAUUUAGCGGAAUAUUUAACAAAUUUAAAUUCUAAAAUUGAAAAUCUUUCUGUGCCAAUUUGUCAGUUACGUGAAGAAAUCAGGACGUUACAUGAUUUGAUUCAAUCUGCUGAAAAUAGUUACAAGAAGAUGUUGGAAGACUUGAAGGCAAAUAACACAAAGAAGAAUAAUAUACAUUUAAAGCUUGGUAUCACUACUACUUCCCUCUACAUUGAUAAACUUAUAACGUCAGAAAGUAACUCAUUUGAUAAUGUGAUAAUUUUGGAAAGAGUCGUUAAUAAAUAUUCUUUUCAAAGAAAUUACAUGGAUGAACUAGGUAUAAUGUCUACUGAUACUGAAGGCAUUGUGAAAGAUGUAGAAAAUAAACUAAUUGAAAUGGUCAACAAGAAGUUUCUUGAUGCCUUUAGUAGUUCUAAUAGUGAGAUCUUAACGAGAUGUUUAAGAAUGUAUGAUAAUUUGAAGAAGCAGGAUGAAGUUCAGAAAACAUUCCAAGUUAAUGUAGUUAGACCAGCACUUUUACCCUUGUUUAAUGAACGUAACUUAGAGAAAUCUCAACAGGAUAUUAACCAAAUUUAUGAAGAAGUUCUGAUUUUUAUGAAUACUAAAAUGAAUGUUUUGUUUGAAAUACUUGCACAGAAUCCUGAACUGAAAUGCUUUAACUUUACUUUGAAUAGCUUUUGGAAGGAAUUUGAUAAACAGUUAAGGGAAGGGCUUCCUUAUAUAACUGCACCUGGAAAUCCUGAAUUAUUUCAAAAAAGAUAUAAAAGUACUUGGGCUACAUUGCUAAAAAUUGCAAACAAAUGUGGAGAUGAUGAAUUGCUACAGGAGGAUGAUACAUUCCAGGAGCAUUUGAAAAGAUUUAACUUACCUGUUUACUUUGAAAUUCGUUAUCAACAAAUUGCAGGUGGUUUUGAAAAUGACAUUUUGACCAACACUGACUUUUAUGCUUCAAAUAAUGAAAUAUCUUGUAAAUUGAAGAAUACACUUGCAUUGUGGAAAGGCCUGAAGAAAUGCUACGAUAAAGAUGUGUAUCUGGAUCAACUUGCUGAUCAGUUUUUAAAAUUAUCGAUGAUGUUGUUAUCGAGAUAUUUAAGGUGGUUUAAGACAGUCCUACAGGAAAAAUCUUCAUUUCCUGAUGAUGAGAAAUGGGAAACAUUCAUCAUGAAUUCUCUAAUAGAUUUAAAUAUUCUAAAGAAUUUAGUUGCUUUAAACACUGAGAAAAUUGACGAUGUAGAAAAAACAAUUUUCAAAAUAAUACAUCCAAACAUGAAGUUUAUUGUACUAAGAGUUUACAAAUGUAACAGAAACUCAGUAGAAGAAGUGCAAUCAAACCUUAAGAAUCACUUGACAAACAUCAAAUUUCAAGAAAGUUCCAUGCAUUUACAAAAUGUUGGUGCAAUCCCAAGACUCUACCGUAGAACAAAUAGAAGUGCACCUAAAAGUGCAAGUACAUACAUGAUUGAGGCCGUGAAGCCUAUAAUAAAUUUCCACAAUAAAUUCAAAACAGUAGUACAAAGUGAUUUGAAUGAAAUAAUGGAUAAUGUUAUCACUAGAGUCACUCAGCAAUACUUAACUUUGGUUCAAGAAGUAUUAAUGUCUGUUUGCAAAACAGAAGAAUCUUUGAGGAGAUUAAAAAGUAGAAAUGUAAAUUCUAGUGAAGAAGCGUCUCCACAAACUGAUACUAUGUCCGAUGAGAUGAAAAUAAGGGAACAAAUAAAAUAUGAUGUUGCAUACUUUCUGGAAAAGUUAUACAACUUGGGAUCACCAACAUCCAGAGCAACAAUGGAUACCUUGAGAAAGGAAACUAGUUGAUGUGAACAUGUUAAAAAGUAUUAAAUUGUUUGUAAAUUUUCACCUAAUUUAUUGUAGUGUGUAUAAAA